UUCCUGAUGGGUCUUAUGAUUCCACAGUGGUUAACCCAACACAGCGACAAAGUCAAAACAGGUUCCCAAGAUCUGGAUCACGUGAUUAAGGUGCUGUUUGGAACCGCUUCUUUUACAGGAGGGUUUAUUGGGUUCCUGUUAGAUAACAUGAUUCCAGGUACGGAGUGCGAGAGAGUGAUAAAGCGAUGGAUAGCGGUACCAGAUUCUUCAUCAGAGAGCGACCAGACAUUGUAUUCGUUUCCUUUCUUGACAAAAUACCUGGAUAAAGUGACUUGUUGUAGAUACUGUCCUCUGUCCCCGACCUUCACAUCCUCAAGGUCACGAUGCGGCACGGAGAAAUACGACAUUAACACAAAGAGGAAAGUUGUUGAAAUUCACCUGAAAGAAGUGAAGACACUCUAAUCAUAAGUUCCUAUGUGAAAAAA